GCUAAGACCAUAGCGGAGGCUGUUCGAAGAGAAGAACAGCCAUGGUAUGACCUUGUAGAGGUCUUUGGUGCUUCAGGAAGCCUUGUUAAAGGCUUUGAUGCGGUGGGUCUGGUCUCAGCUCCAUCUUUCGAUGUGAGUCAGCAGGCUGUAGAGUGUGCCUCGUCCCGGCCGCCAUAUCGCGGCAGGUGGCCUAGCCUUUAUGAUGCCUACAUGUGCUGGAUGGAUAUGGUUAUCCCGUGGGUCGUCAUCACUGGCUACUGCGGGUCAAAGGUGGUUCUCACAGGGAACGCAGUGGCAGAGAUUGUUGGAACGAUUCUUAUCCCACUAUGCGACUUCCUUGGGAUUUACUUUGUCCUCGAAAACCCCUUCUCCAGCGUCAUUUUCAAGUGGCCAUCCAUUGAACCUUGGAUGGGUGAUCCUCGAUGCCACAGUGUGUCAGUUGACAUGGCUGUUUUCGGGUGUAUCUGCGCGAAGCAGCUAUCGCUGAGAGGGACGUGGGGGGGGCUUCCUAUGCUGAAGGCCCUUGAGGUGGCCCUGAAAAAGAUGCUGCCUGAGGGCUACCUGGUUCUGGAGAAGGCUUCGCAACCAGUAGGAAGGUGGAUCGGUGGCAAUGAGUACACUACCUACAGUGCGGUUUACACAGACUGCUUUGGGCAGGCUGUAGCCUUUAGCGAGGUCAUGAGGCAACAGGUCUUACCCCAGGACAAGGAUGGUAUCUCGAAGUGGGCUGACUACCAUGCAGAUAUCCUUCUUGAAUGUUGGCUGCCAUCCCCGGAAGAGAGGAAGAAAGCUCAUUGUGAAGCCAUGGCUUUGUUGAAAGCAUCAGGGAAAAAAAGUUUCGACGAAGAUCCUGGUUGGGACGGUAUUGACUUAGAACUUGCCAAGAUGCCCAAGAUUCCAAUCAAGACCCUACGUGCUUUCCUCAAGGAAAAACGAGACUCUGGGGGGUUUUUCAACAAUAGUUACGAGGAAGACGCAACAAGGCUCACGAACCUUGUGCCGAAACCGGACACAGAGAGGGCCAAAGGCCCACAAACUGCCAAGUCGAUGAAGAUCACUGAUUUCACGCGCCGCAGGCCAGGUAGAGGGCAGCAACUUGUAGCUGUGUGUGGUGUGGAUGCGUUGUCUGGGGUUCAGAAGGGGUGUGACAAGCAAUUCAGCACUAGAUACUUUAGGUUUAAUUUUUGUGCGGAGGUACUUGAGGCAGCAAAAAUCACUCCUCAGUCCGUUCUCCCAAGCACUGUGGCAGGACCAGUGCAGAAGUAA